GAAUCAAGUGAUUUCAACAAUGGACAAAAUAAGAAAGUUUUUUUUGAAAUUCUUUUGUUGUAUACCAUCUAAUAUAAAGGAGAACGAAGAAUCACUAGUAGUUACAGCUAGUAAUGUUCAAGAAAACACAGAAGCUGCAAAUAAACCUAUUGAUUCUCCUGAGUGCAAGAAUUGUUCCUCUGUCGUAAGGAACAAAUGCACAAAAGCAACACGCCGGAGAUACUUCAAAGCUCGGGUUAGAGCCGCAGUUGUGGAAAAGAAGAUUUUCUGGGCUGAUUCUAUAGUACCCGACGUCAGAAGAGGCCUGCUCAGAAGGGGAUGGACGCAAAAACUAUCCCCCACCUUCAGUGACAAUGCCAUGGCAACCCUAUUCUCUGUUCCAUGCAGAACCGAUUACUAUCAGUCGAGAGUGCAUUAUAAUGUACAGCCCAACUUCAUCUGGACGUACGACGAUAUUUCCCCAAGGAAUCUAAAUAAUGACCAGAUGUUAAGUGAUUUUAUGGAUAAUCCAUGCUUCGUAUCCAAGGUUGGGAUGUGCACCAGUUUAAAGAAACUGUAUCGGUUUGCUGGUGCAGAUCCGUAUACUUUCUACCCUCGAUGCUACGUCUUGGAGAAGAGAGAAGAGAGGCAAGCAUUCAUUGAUGACUUCAGGAUGACUGCUGCCCGUAGCAUUCUUAAAUGGGUUGUGAGAACCAAUGAACCAGAAACAAGAAGGAUCUACCGCGAGCCAAUGAUCGCUUAA